AGACGUCCUGUUAGAUUCCAACGGUUAGUGACGCCGAAACCAGCAGAAGAGGCGUGUGAGCAGCAGCAGCAGCAGCAGCUACCGUGAGGCUCCUUUUACUAUCAAACCCUUCAAAUCAAACAAUAGACUCACCUUUACCUGCUUCAGGAACCAUGGCAGACGGAGACAACAAGAGUGCGAACAUGCUCGCUCAGGAAACGGCCCAGCUGGAGGAGCAGCUGCAGGGCUGGGGUGAAGUGAUCCUGGCUGGAGACCGCGUCGUGCGCUGGGAGAAGCCUUGGUUCCCCGGAGCCCUCAUGGGUGCAACCACCGUGUUCUUCCUGUUGAUUUACUACUUGGACCCAUCAGUGCUGACCGGGCUGUCCUGCACUGUCAUGCUGCUCUGCCUCGCGGACUAUCUUGUGCCCACUCUGGCACCCCGAGUGUUUGGCUCCAACAAGUGGACCACCGAGCAGCAGCAGCGGUUCCACGAGAUCUGCGGUAACCUGGUGAAGACCCAGCGCCGCAUGGUGGGCUGGUGGAAGCGUCUCUGCGCCCUGAAGGAGGAGAAGCCAAAAAUGUACUUUGCCUCAGUGAUCAGUAGCUUGCUGGCGGUGGCUUGGAUUGGACAGCAGGUGCACAACUUGUUCCUCACUUACUUGAUCGUGAGCUUCCUGUUGCUGCUGCCCGGCCUCAACCAACACGGCAUCAUCACCAAAUACGCCGGCAUGGCCAAGAGGGAGAUCAACAAACUGCUCAAACAGAAGGAGAAGAAGAACGAGUAGACGGACGUGCGAAACCGAAGGAAACUCUUGAAAGAUAAACGACGACAAGAAACAGAAGGUGGAAGGAAGUAAUUUGGGGAAGAGAGGAGAGCUGAAAGUUGAAAAAAGGCCUCCUGGUUCUUUGGUCUUUGCCACAGAGGAAGACACUUUUUUUUUUUUCUUUUUUUUUUGUUCUUCACACAUUGGAUAAGUUUCAUUUCUUCCUCCCACCCUUUGACAUUUAGACCUCAUCACCCACUUGUUUUUUUGUUUUGUUCUCUUUAUGAAUUCAAAGGCCGUGCAUGAAGCCGCCACAUGAAGGUUAUCAGCGUCACACGUUCACACACACACACACGCUGAUGGAACACAAAGUUAAACUUCCCUUUUUGUUUCUUAGUUGAAGUGCGCUUCGUUUUAAGAUGUCAGUAAUGCUUUUAAACCAUUCACUCUCCUUAGACAAAGUGACUACUGAGCAGUUCUUGUAGCAUUACUGCAUCAUUUUAACCUCUCGGACUCCUCACCGUGUAUUCCGUCACCUUAAGAACAGGUCAAGUAUGUUUUAUCUUUUUUUUUUUUUUUUCUUUUUUUUCGUUCUGCUUUGUUAUUUAAAAAUUAGCGCUUAAAAACAAAACUGGAAUUAAAGCAGAGCCCUCCAGGAGUGAAACUGUUCAAAUACAAGCCGACUGCUGUACCGCUGCUAGCUGGACUCUGUGGUCUAUUAGCUCUUAUCUAAAGCCCCACAGUGUGUUACUUAAGUGGGCGCUCUCUGUAAAUAGGCCUACCCCUCUCUCUGUCCCUGUCGGUCAUCCUUUACUCUCUUCUUGAUAUUUAUCUGUGAUCCUUCCUCUCAAGUCUCUACUCUUCUGGUCUGAUCACUGUCUUUUAACUCAUUUCAUGAUUUGUCUGUGUUGGAGAUCUUUAUGAAAACAAAUAAAGUUUGAUUUGAAAGAAA